AUGGCCCGCAUCAUCGACCUGGUGCCCUGGGAGGACGGCUCCACCCAUGUGUACGCGUCCCCAGCCAUCCUGCUCCCGAUGGAGAGGAAGAGAAACCAGCUGGCCGGCGUGAAGCAGCAGCUGUACCACCCGGCCCUGCCCAGCCUGCGGCGCAUGGACAUGGACUCCACCAGGGCCUGUCUGUCGGACGAGCACUGCCGGUCCUCCACCUACUGCCGCAAAGAUGACUUUGACAACGCCUACUUCACACUCCUUGGUGUCCCCAACAAACCCCUGCAGUGCCUGGACGUCACCGCGACCGGCCAGAGGCUCCGCAACAGGUGCCGCGAGGGAAAGCUGGCGCCCAUCGCGCCGGGCAUCAACCGGGUGGACUGGCCCUGCUUCACGCGCGCCAUCGAGGACUGGUCCCGUUUCGUGUCCUCUGCGGGAGAGUUCAAGCUGCCCUGCCCGAGCAAGAGGGUCCAGAGUUUCAGCGGCUACGCGGUGCGGCACUUGAAGCCCGAGGCGACACAGAACUGGCGGUACUGUCUCAACCAGAACCCCAGCCUGGACCGGUACGGACAGAAGCCCUUGCCUUUCGAUUCCCUGAACGCUUUCCGCAGCUUCGGGUCCCACUACAGCCGUGUCAACUACCUAAUCCCCUGGCGCUAA